AUGACGACACCCAUCCGCAGGCGCCUUCAACUGUCUAAUUUGUCCGACUCGUCGAUGGAUACCUCCUCGUCCUCAGUAACUGACUUGGAUUUAUCAGCGAACCAUGCUCUAAACGAUCAGCCCAUUACCGCCCGUCUCACCAGUUCGCCGAGCUCGUCAAAAUUAUCGGAAGCAAUUGAAGUGCCACGACUAGGCGCCGAUAUUGGGCCAGAAACUCUGAGUCCAAUUCGUCUUCACAGAUCCCAGCCGCUAAUGACAGACUUCUUCAUCCCUUGUCGAAAACCAAAGCGUCCUUUGAAGUCGUCACCCGCCUCAAAAUCCAAUUCUCCCGACCACGAUCCGUAUUCAAUCACCCAGCCACGUAAACGACUAAAGUCCACGCCAGAGCUAAAAUCACGCUCCGUCAGCCUUCGUCCCUCUAGCUCGUCGCCAAAACAGGUGCUCUCUCCGCCGAUAUCAAGUCGCCUUUCAAGCGGAUCCAGGCAGCCAUGGAAGGAUUUAUCCUUAUCCGAUAUUGAGAACAAAGAAAAUAACGGACUGAAAUCCGACUCGCUCGUUUCUAUCCCAGAAGAUAGCGACCCCUUCAACAGUUUGUCAAGCGGAGAUAUCAUCCGAAAGCCGAAGAAACGGCUCUCAGACUCGUUCGUCGUCUCGCCAGUGAGUUCAAAACGAUUUGGAAGGUCGAUGAGUCUCAAUUCUCCACGGACAAGGCCGUUGGUCAGAUCGAACUCGGUUCGGGAUCAUAACUUGCCAUCGGACAAGGAGUUUUUCAGCUCUGAAUAUUUCGACUUCAAAGAACCGUUGGCAUUGCCCACCGAAGGCACGUCCAAGCACCAGGAUUUGAACUACAUCUCCGGGCAAACAAUGUCGGAACUAUUGACCGGAAGCCGCAUCACAGGAGGAUCCUUCGUGGUUGUGGACGCACGCUACCCGUACGAAUUCGAGGGCGGCAAGAUCAAGGGCGCGCUCAAUCUGUUCAAAGAGGACAUGGUCAUAGAGCAUUUUUACCCCGACGGCAAGCUCAUGGAGGACAAGCCUAGCAUCGUCAUUUUUCAUUGCGAGUUCAGCUCAGAACGAGGUCCGAAGAUGCUCCGAACUCUGCGAAAUUUUGACCGCCUUCAAAAUGAAUAUCCGAAGCUCGACUUUUCUCAGCUCUAUCUGCUAAAGAGCGGGUACAAGGCGUUCUUCGAAAAUCAUCCUGAGCAUACGUGUGGAACUUACUGCCCGAUGAUGCACAAGGAUAAAGAAGAAGAGUACAAGCUCUACCGGAAGAAAACGAAGCAGUUCUCUAUGCCUCCAAAAAUCUCCUAA